GGUGGGCGUUGGCUGCUGGCUGGGUGGGAGGGGCCUGUGUGCUCAGGGCCCUCCCCUCAGGCAGAGCAGGCAGGAUGGCCAGGUCGCAUCCUAAUCCCCACUCUGCGGCUCUGCUGCUGCCUCUCCCUCACUCCCCGGGAUCCCUGCUCUCUCCACACACCGGAGUCAUUUCUCUGCCAAGGGAAAAACCGCCAUGAUUAAGAAUGUGGCCUUGUGUGGAGGAGAGAGGACAAUAGAGCCCUGUAUCUGCAGCAGCUGUUAGAGCCUCAUCUGAGAGUCAAGCACACUGAGGAAGACAGCAGGCCACUUCAGCAUAUUCACCUCUUUGACCUGGUGUGUGGAACAAUCGCCCUUUGCCAGAGACUGACGGCUGAGGAAAUUAUGCUCAUAUAGCCUACAGCGGCUCUGCGGUGUAACUUCAACAGCACAGCGUCCCUCUGACUCCGCCCGCGAGGAUGAACGACCCGUACCAAAACAACGUGUACCAGCACGGCCAGGGGGACAGCACCUAUGCCACCUUCAGGGAGGGGGGAGGGGGCCAGGAUGGAUACGGCUACCGUGAAGACUACCCCCCCCAAGAUGAUGACGCGGCCAGCGACGCCACCGAGGGCCAUGAUGAGGAGGACGAGAUGUACGAGGGGGAGUACCAGGGCAUCCCGCACCCGGACGAGGUGAAGGCGGCCCAGAGGGCGGCGCGGGUGGCGGCACGGGAGAAGGCCAGGGCGGCAGCCGCCGGCGCCAGGGACGAGGAGGAGCUGGCCGACCAGUAUGAGUCCAUCAUGGAGGACUGCGGCCACGGCAGGUUCCAGUGGACGCUGUUCGCGGUGACUGGCCUCGCCCUCAUGGCUGACGGCGUCGAAUGCUUUGUGGUGGGGUUCGCCCUCCCCAGCGCCGAGAAGGACAUGUGCUUGUCCAACGCCAACAAGGGCAUGCUGGGGCUGAUAGUAUACCUGGGCAUGAUGGUGGGGGCCUUCAUAUGGGGGGGCCUGGCAGACAAACUGGGCCGCAGGAAGUGUCUCAUCGUCGCUCUGGCCGUCAACUGCAUCUUCGCCUUCCUCUCCUCCUUCGCCCAGGGCUACGGGUUCUUUCUCUUCUUCCGACUCUUCUCUGGAAUCGGCAUCGGUGGCUCUGUACCCAUUGUCUACUCCUACUUCUCCGAGUUCCUCUCCAUGGAGAAGAGGGGUGAGCACCUGUGCUGGCUGUGCAUGUUCUGGAUGAUGGGGGGGCUGUAUGCCUCCUUCACCGCCUGGGGGAUCAUCCCCCACUACGGGUGGGGCUUCAGCAUGGGCACAGAGUUCCAGUUCCACAGCUGGCGGGUGUUUGUGCUGGUGUGCGCUCUGCCGGCCAUCGCCGCCCUCAUCGGCCUGAUGUUCAUGCCUGAAAGCCCACGCUUUCUACUGGAGAAUGGCAAACAUGAUGAAGCCUGGAUGAUUCUGAAGCAGGUUCAUGACACCAACUGGCGGGCGAAAGGAGAACCAGAGAGAGUUUUCACAGUCUCUCAAAUCAAGACGCCAAAGCAGCAGGAUGAAUUCAUUGAGAUCCAGAGCUCUACAGGUACAGCCUUCCAGCGAUGGAUGGUCAGGUCUUUGACUUUAUCCAAACAGGUGCUGCAGAAUGUUAUAUCACUGGCCUCCCGGGAACUGCGGCUCAGCAGUUUACUCAUGGCUAUCAUAUGGUUCACAAUGGCCUUCAGCUACUACGGGCUGUCGGUGUGGUUCCCUGACAUGAUCAAGUACCUACAGUAUGAGGAGUACGAGUCCAAGGUGAAAGUCUUCCACCGUGAGAAGGUGGAGCACUUCACGUUCAACUUCUCUCUUGAAAACCAGAUCCACAAAGAGGGCAAGUACAUUAACGACAAGUUCACCAACAUAGAGAUGAAGUCUGUCAAGUUUGAGGAUUCACUGUUUGAAGAUUGUUACUUUGAGGACAUCAAAUCUAUUGAAACUUUCUUUGAGAAUUGUACCAUCAAAUCCAGUACCUUCUACAACACAGACCUGGGGGAGGACAGGUUCAUUGACUGCAGGCUGGAGAACACUUCGUUCCUGCACCCCAGGAGAGGGUGUCACCUGGACUCCCAGGAGGAGAAUGAUGUCCUUAUCUACCUGGUCAGCUUCCUGGGAAGUCUGACUGUGUUGCCUGGCAACAUCAUAUCGGCCCUCUUCAUGGACAAGAUCGGGAGGAUCAAGAUGAUUGGCGGCUCCAUGCUCAUCUCCGCCGGAUGCACCUUCUUCCUGUUCCUCAGCUUGAGCCAGGCCGCCAUCAUCGCCUGGCAGUGCCUCUUCUUCGGAGCGAGUGUGGCAGCCUGGAACGGCAUCGAGGUCAUCACUGUGGAGCUGUACCCGACCUCCAAAAGAGCGACGGCAUUUGGAGUCCUGAAUGCCCUGUGCAAACUGGCUGCCAUCUUGGGCAGCUCCAUCUUCGCCUCCUUCGUUGGCAUCACCAAGGUGGUGCCCAUCCUGUUGUCCUUCUCCGCUCUGGUGUGCGGGGGGCUUCUGGCCCUCAAGCUGCCUGACACCAGAGAGAAGCUCCUCCUCUGAAAUGCCAAAGGUCAAAGUUCAAGGCCGGGUACAGCCACUAGGCAGAGUUGCAGGAUAAAGACUGACACGUGUGAGAUGAGCUGUAUCCAAUAGCAAAAGGGGCUGCAGUUUCCCAUAACCACAGAGAGAUGUUUAUGUGGUGCCUGCUUUGUGUUCUGUUCGACCAGUUUUUUGGCAUUAAAUCAUCUUUUAAAAAGCCAUACCCUUUCCCUCCAUAUCAAUAUGUGAAAGUGAGCCAGAUAUUCCUCCCAUAGUUCAAUCACUCUUCACUGGGUAUGUUAGUGCAUUUGCAUUUAAGUUUUUAAACAUCCCUACUCACAGGUAAUAUGUUUGUUUUUGUACAUAAGUAGUGGUCAGUCCUCCUGCUAGAAGCAGUUCUAUUGGGAAAAGGACACAGCUGUUUAGAGUCCAAGCCAUUGUUGUGUAACACUGUGCUUUCAUCUGUCUGUUCUGACACAACCUAUGGCAGCCAUAUUAGGGCUCAGGCAAAGUACACUCACUACCGGCAAUGGAUCUCUUCCUUCCUUCCUUUCAUGGAUGACAAAAAGCUCCAGUUUAGGUUAUUUUCAACUCACACCACCUUGUGUUUUUGUGUUUCCCUUGUCCCAUGAAAGUCCUUUCAGUUACCAGGCAGAUCAGAUCAUCUGGCCUCAGUGCCCUAUGGCAUUUCAGCAUCACUGGGGGAUGCAAAGAUCCCCCUUUUGUAGUACAUUACUUAUUAAAGUGCUCAGCUGUUCCCUGUUUGCUUCUCAGAAAACGAUGGUCAGUGUUUUUGUCAUUGUCUAUAGUAGUUAACAGGCUAAGGUACAAACUACAUUGCAAAUGCUGUGAGCUUUGCAGUGCUCUGUGUCCACACCUCCAUACUGCAUGGUUACGUUUUGUUUUGCGUCUGAAUUUAUUCCAAGUCACCUUUUUCAAGCCGUUUGUGCUGAGAAUGGCUCUGUUUGUGGGUGUCGAUAUCUGCCGUGUGCUCCUAGCUGUCAGUCACCACUGCAUCCCUUUCCGUGGAGCGUGGGACUUUACGCUUACGACAUUCUGCUGUUAAACCCUCUUGUGGUGUUUUGUGAAGCUUGAGACUUCCUGUGGCCAUUCCAAGCCCACUCCAGUGGUGCUGGGUGUUUGUCCUUGUUUUUGCUUUUUGACUUGUGUGUCCAGACACUGAAAUACGCAACAAAUCAAUAACAUGAAAAAUAAAGCACAACACGACAAUUACAGAAGCAGUUCAGUUCCUAACAAUGUUAUCUGUGUCGGAAGUGAGAGCUGCUUAUCUCUGAGAGGAGCACAGAUGUACUUCAAAAGACUGUUGAAGGAGAUGCAUGUGUGUUAUUGCUAGACAAUGUUUAUAUGUUCUUUUCAAUGUCUGUAAUUAAAAAUAAAACAUAGUCUGAGUGGUAUUUCUUGCACAUCUCACUGUAAAUAUGUUGGACUUCAAUUUUAAAGUAUUAACCCUUGCCAACCUGUAAUGUCUCAUCACUUCAGUUCGAGAAGCAUUCAUAAGCAAUUUCUGUUAUAUAUACUUUGCCCAAUAAUAUAAAUGAACUGUUCAUAUUACAAGAAAAACAGUCACUCACUUGUAGUACCAUAGUAGCAAACAAAUAUAAUUCCAAUUAAUCAUAGCGCAUAAACAGUUAAAUAGGUACUCUGAGGUUGUGACAAUGUAAUGAUGCUUAGAAUUCAUAUAUGUGCACUGUUAUAACUCUCAAAAGAAGUAUAGAUUCCAGAAAUAUUAACCUGGGAUAUAACUCCAACAUGCUGAAUCUGUAUUGGAAUCUGUACUUGUAUUAAAUAUUAGAUAAUCAUAUUAGCUGUACUACAAAGAAUGGAGUUAACAUGAUCACAUGUUCAAUAAAGCCACGCCUCUCUUCAAAAUCAUGAUUAUGGGUUGUGGGUGGAGCCACAGAUAUUCAGCCUUACCUGAUCACCACAAACUAGAGUGAAUACAAGCUUUCUCACUGUAACACCUCACCAAGGAAUGAGAUUCUGAAUACAUGUCUUAAAUGUACUGCUUUGGGUUUCAUUUGUAAGUGUAUAAUUUAUUAUUUAUUGUGUAAGGGGAAAGCCAUAAUUUUCAUGUUUUAUAUUUUAAUCAAAAAAUGUGUCUGAUUGUGAUGGACCUGGAGAAUUUCACAGUUGUCAUUCUUUUGCUUGGGGAGACGGGGUGUUUUGUGAUGGCAAAAAGUAAUAAAACAAUGAUUAAAUGAUCAAGACGUGGGUAU